AUGACGUGGAACCCUCGCUUUUCCCAUUUUCUAGAUUUGGCAAAUUUCGGAUGCCGAGAACAGAGGAUUCCUGACCCCGCCGGGUUUUCCGUCGCCCUUCGCCUUCUCGGCCACGCCCAAGCCGGUCGCGACCCCACACCAGAGCUUGCCCGCCAGAGCGGCCCUCUUCCCCAAUUUGAUGGCGUCUCGCUACCAAACCCGACGCCUCCGGCUGCCCCCGCGGGCAUCCAACCCCAAGGUACCGGUGUGGGCCCCGUCAGGAUCCCUCCCCUGACGCCCGACAAGGCCGCGCAGUAUGCGGGUGUGUUUGAGAGGCAGCCUCUCCUUGCCGGAAACCUGCUCCCGGGCGACCAGGCGAAGCAGAUUUUCGAAAAGUCCGGCCUGCCCAACGAGGCCCUCGGCGCCGUGUGGCAGCUUGUCGAUACUGAACAACGCGGAGCCCUCAUCGUCUCCGAGUUUGUGAUCGCUAUGCAUCUCCUCAACUCUAUGAAGGCAGCCAGCCGCCGUGGCCCCGCCCCCGACAAUCCCCGAUCGCGACCGGCCCACUAUCCGCCAUCCCCAGGCAGCUCAGCGGUUCCGCCCAGAUGCGCACAGGGAGCCCCCUCGGCCGCCCUCCUCUUGCACCUCAGGGAACCGGCAUGGGAUGGGCCAUCACCCCCGGAAAAGGCCAAGUUCGACACCGUGUACGAAGACCUUGACAAGACGAAGCGGGGCUUCAUUACAGGCGAGGAGGCCGUGCCGUUCUUCAGCCAGUCCAACUUGAACCCGACGACGCUCGCCCAGAUCUGGGACCUUGCCGAUAUCAACUCGCAGGGCGUCCUGACCAGGGAUGAGUUUGCCGUGGCAAUGUACCUCAUCCGCCAGCAGCGAGCGAGCCGCGAUGGUAGCGCUGUGAGGCCGCCGACGGCUGGUUCUCCCUUUGAUGCACCAAUCCCUCAGCAACCGCCGGCGCCUGUGGCGCAAAAGUCGGCCUUGGAUGACCUCUUUGAGCUCGACAACCCCCGCUCCCCUACUAUGAUGGCCCCUCUGCCCACCGGCGGCUCUACGGCGAGCGAUCCUUUCAGCACUGGACACGUCAGUGCGACCCCGGGUUCUCCGGGGCCUUACGCAGCAACCUCAGCACACCGGGGUUCCAAAGCCAGUGCUUCCGCCGCGGAUGACCUCCUCGGCGACGCCGAUCCUGAGAUCAGCUCCAAGCUUACCAAUGAGACGACAGAGCUUGCCAACAUCUCGAACCAGAUUGGCACCCUCACGAAGCAGAUGACGAACCUUCAGACCCAGAGGACCACGACCCAACGCGAUUUGACCCAAACGAGCCAGCAGAAGAAGACUUUUGAGCAGCGGCUUACGCAACUUCGCACCCUGUACGAGAAGGAGGCGACUGACGUGCGGUCCCUGGAGCAACAGCUCACCACAGCCAAGUCUGAUAGCAGGAAGCUCCAGGCCGAAUGCAUGUCCCUUGAGGGUACCUAUCACGACCUAUCCUCGCAGAAGCAACAGGUGGUGGCCGCUCUGCAGGCGGACCAGCAAGAAAAUGCGAGCUUGAAGGAGAAGAUUCGCUCCCUCAACGCCGAGAUCGCGCAGCUCAAGCCCCAGAUCGAGAAGUUGAAAUCAGAGGCUCGUCAACAAAAGGGCCUUGUCGCCAUCAACAAGAAGCAGCUGUCGACCAACGAAGCCGAGCGCGACCGUCUCAAGUCGGAAGCUGAUGACCUCUCUAAGGGGGCGAGGAACUCUCGAGGCAGAUGA